AUCAUAUAUCUCAAAGCGCAAAAGAACGCAACCUACAGCGCUAUUAUAUACAUAACGGUAACACCAUGGCCCUAAUGCAUAAGCAAUCUCUUCGCGGGUCCGCGUUUGGCCCCGCUAAGGCGACGCGCCCUGUGGUCCGUGUGGCUAAGAGCCGCGCUUCCGCUGUAUCAGUUCGGGCCGAUGGCCAGCAAGUUCAGGUGGAAAUUGACAAGCCGCUUGGUCUGCAGCUGGAACAAUCGACGGCGCCUGGAGGUGGCCUGGUCGUUAAGAGUGCUCGCGGGAAUGCCGCCAAGGCGGGUCUGAAGGCGGGCGACACCAUCAUCUACACCAGCAGCUUCUUUGGCGACGAGCUCUGGCCCGCUGACAAGCUGAGCUUCACCAACAACGCCGUCACCAACUGCCCCUCGCCCGUCACCUUCAUCUACGUCCCUGGUGAGAACACCAAGGUCAACGUGAAGCGGCUGCCCAAGCGGCCCGCACCCGCUCGCUUCGGCCGCAAGCUGACGGAGGCGGAGCGCGCGCUGGCCACACACAUCUGCGUGGACUGCGGAUACAUCUACUGCGACCCGGUCCCGUUCGAUGAGACCCCCGCCAACUACCGCUGCCCCCAGUGCAAUGCACCCAAGCGCCGCUUCGUGCCCUACGACGCCAAGUCUGGAAAGACCAGCGGUGUUGCUGAGGGCACCAUCGGAACCAUCGCAACCGUCAUCGGCGGGCUGGUGGGUAUUGCCGUACUGUUCUACUUGGGGACGAGCAUCUAAGGAGGGGACAGCAGUACGGCAGGAGCGGAUGUACGGCGUGAGGGUCGUGACCCGUGGGUCUUCGUGAGAGAGUGAUUGGGGGCGGAGAAUUCUAGUGAGAGUGGUGUGGAGGAGGCGAGGGACAUUUUGCAUGGAGCGUCCUUUUUGUGUGGGAGGUGCAUGGAGUUGUGGCAUUAGCGCUACAGAAUAAGGGGCGUUUAGGAACACGAGUGAGUGACAAUGUAGGCGUGCCAUGGAAAAGCUUUCGGAUGAAGGGCGAGAGAUCAAGAGGGUGCAUGUUUGUAUCAAGAGGGUGUUUUACCUUUCGCGAGAGCUGGCUGGGUAGGACGUCCUCCCUCCUACCUUGCAUGCCAUUAACCUUGCACUUGAUGACAUCAGGAGUGCUUAACGCUCCCAGCAGCCUUUUGUAGAACGAACCUGUGUGUAA